UCAUAGAGUCAGAAAUCAUGGAAACAAUAAGAUUUGUACCUGAUGAUGAAGAAGAGGAUUUAUAUUCAGGUUUUAACGAUUUCCCUUCUGCUCUGUUUAAUACUAAAAAUCUGGAUCAGGAUGAAUUUGUUCAGAUGGCACUUCGGUCAUCAUACAGCAAAAGACCAGGUUUGGUGUCAUCAAAACCUGGCACGGCCAUGCGGUUUGGAACAUCUUCAGGGUACAGGGAAGGCUCUGUACGUAUGAUGACAGGACAGGAGUCAGUUACGAGGCCCAUGACGGCAGUGAGAGGUGCAGGUUACACUUCUGCCACUAGGGCUGUCUUCGACCCUCUCAAUCAGGCAUCAGCAGCUCCACUCGUUCAGAUGAAAAUGGAGGAAAAGCCUGAGGAGAAAAUUAAAAAGGUGGAACGUAGGAUCACAGAACUGAUUGAUGAGAGUUGUCUGGCAGCAUCCAGGCAACAGUUUCGCCAAGCACUAGACAAGGCUAAGGAAGCCUCGGCCAAGGAACGGAAUCUCAUACGGCUGCAGGAGCAGGCCGGACUAUCCGACACUCACAAUUUGGAUCUCACCUUCUCAGUAUUAUUUAACUUGGCCAGCCAGUAUGCAGCAAAUGAGAUGUAUUCGGAAGCAAUUAACACUUACCUGGUGAUAACAAAGAACCGAAUGUUCCAUAAUGCCAACAAACUAAAAGUGAACAUUGGCAAUAUUUAUGUCAAGUUGGGCCAAUACCCUAAAGCUAUAAAAAUGUACCGAAUGGCACUGGAUCAAGUUCCUAACACUCACAAGGAUCUCAGGAUUAAAAUAAUGCACAACAUUGGUAUUCUGUUUGUCAAGAUGGGACAAUUCAGUGAUGCCUGUUCAAGCUUUGAAUAUAUUAUGCAAGAGAAACCUGACUUUAAGGCAGGACUUCACGCAAUAGUGUGUUAUUACGCAAUGGACGACAAGGACAGAAUGAAGCAGGGAUUCCAGAUGUUACUGGAAGUGAUCUUGGAUAUUGAUGAUGAAGACAAGUAUAUUCCAACAUCGGAAGAUCCCAUGUCGAACCUUGUGUUGGAAGCGAUACGUACUGACAGUCUCCACGCUCUAGAGAAACAGAUCAAGAGAGAGGCUGAGAGGAGUAUUCUGACAGCAGCCAAACUGAUAGCCCCAGUUAUAGAGGAUAACUUUACAGCAGGAUAUAACUGGUGUGUAGAGGCAAUCAACAACUCGGUAUAUGCUCCUCUGGCUGGAGAUCUAGAGAUCAACAAGGCUGUGACAUUCCUUAAACAGAAGGAGAUAUCACAAGCAAUGGAUACUUUGAAAACAUUCCAACGGAAAGAAAGCAAAGUCGCUAGCACUGCUGCAUCUAAUAUGGCUUUUGUGCAUUUUUUGCAAGGGGAUGUGGAGCAAGCAGAAAAGUGUGGUGAGCUGGCCAGGGAGGUGGAUGGAUACAACGCAGCAGCCUAUGUCAACCUGGGCAAUUGCAGCCUGGCCAAGGGGGACCAGCAGAAAGCUAAGCAGUUCUAUUCUCUUGCGCUGGACAAUGACGCUUCUUGUAUAGAGGCCCUGUACAACCUCGGACUGGUGAACAAGCAGCUGGGACUGUUUGAGGAGGCCUUGGAUUGUUACCUCAAGUUACAUGCCAUCGUAAGCCACCACCCACAGGUGUUGUACCAGCUGGCACACCUCCAUGAGCUUGUGGGAGAUGUGGACCAGUCCAUCGAAUGGUUCCUUCAACUGCUGGGAAUAAUACCUACUGAUUCAGGGAUACUGCAUAAAAUGGGAGAAAUUUUCGACAGUGAGAAUGACAAACAACAAGCGUAUCACUAUCACUUUGAGUCCUUUCGCUAUUUCCCAUCCAACCUGACGGUGUUGGACUGGCUUGGAGCCUAUUAUGUUUCUCUCCAAGUGGCUGAGAAGGCUGUAGCAUUCUAUGAGAAGGCAGCUCUCAUGCAGCCCACUGAACCCAAGUGGAAGCUUCUCAUUGGCUCGUGUCACAGGCGCAGUGGCAACUACCAGUUGGCUCUUCGCACUUACAAGGAUAUACUAGCUGAGUUCCCGGAGAAUAUCGAGUGUCUCAAGUUCCUGGUAAGAAUGUGCAGUGACAUGGGCCUUCCUGAGGCAGCGACAUACGCCACUCAACUGAAGAGGGCUGAGAAAGCUAAGGAACUGAGGGAGAGGAUAGGGAGCAGCCAAUCAGGUUCAGGCUCACGACGCAGCAGUGGGCGGUCGUCACAAGGCCUGCCGAGUCCUGUCAGUGACUCCACCCCGCCCACUAGAGGCAGACAAGCUAGACUGUCAGCACUGGAGUCUGGCACAGCUGGAGACAACUUUGGCAGGAGCCAGUUCCGUGAUGUCGAUGCAAGUUAUGCUGACCCACUUGGCCCCCAGGAGCGACCCAGAACUGCUGCUCGAUCCCGCAGUCAGAUGGAGGAUGAGUUUGGUGAUGAAGAUCUGGCCGAGUUUCUUUUACCAGAAUAAUUGUAUAUUGAUUGGAAAAAAAAUUACCAUUUGUCAAUGA